UGUGUCAGCGCGUGACACAGCCGUGCUUCUUCUACUUCUAGCACAUCAUGACAGAAUUGGAUGUACCCAUCUCUACAUGAAAGCCGGGACAUCAAAGUAUCCAGAGUAUUUUCCAGUACAUGACAUUCGCAAGUUACUCUCUGAUGAUCAAGUGGACACACUGCUUGCCUUCCAUGCCAUCACUGGCUGUGAUAGUGUGUCUCAGUUCAGCGGUCACGGAAAGAAAACAGCCUGGCAGGUGUUCGAGCAACAUCACACUGAUCUUACUGGCCUUGGGAAGGGCCCUCUCACAGAAGAUAUUGUAAAUUCAACAGAGAAAUUCAUCUGUAAGAUGUAUGGUGUGCCUGAGGUUGAUACAUGCAACAAAGCAAGAGUGAAGUUGUUUUGCAAAGGUUGUCCACAAGAGACUCUGCCUCCAACCUCAGAUGCAGUGAAGUUUCAUAUCAUGCGUUCACACUAUCAAGCGACAAUCUGGAACCAAGCUCACCUGCCACAUCCUGAUCUUCCUCCAGUGGAUGAAAUGGGAUGGAUACACAAGGAAGGUCAAUUAGUGCCACGGCUAAUGUCUCUGCCACCUAUGCCUAAAGCCUGCAGGGAGUUCACUUCAUGUGGGUGUACCAAGGGAUGCCUCAGCCAACGCUGCAGCUGCAGAAAGAGUCGCAUGGAAUGUAUAGACGCAUGCAACUGCAGGAAACUUGACAACACUUGCCAGAACAUUGAAGAGGACUGUGAAUAAGCUGUCACUGUAACUUCUACUGGGAUAUAGUUCAAUGAAUAUCACCAUGAGCCAUGGAUCUUCCUGCUUUUGGAUCUUAUUUGAUUGACAACUUCUUUAUCACUAAUGACCACCUUUUUCUCUAUACAUGUGUGAUUUUCAAGCUGAUUAUUGACACUUGAUCUAAAUCAGGACAGGAUGUUAAAUUCCCCAUGUGUGAAAACCUGUGAACAUUUAAUUAAAGUUUGUAUCUUUUUGUAUUUGU